CAGGAUAGAAACAGUGAGUGUAACACACACACACUCUCACGCACACUCUCACUCUCUCUCUCUCACACACACACACACACAGCUUUCUGUCGUGUUGUUUUGAUCGUGAUGAAGACUGACCGCUCCACAGAGGAAGACAUGAACGAGUCAUCCAGUUACCUGCUCUUCAUCAGAUGCUCUCCUCAAACAGAAUUUUCAGUGUCGCCGGACCUCUGUCAAGGGCUCAGCAAAUGUUAUUUGGAGGAGGAUGUGUUUCCUGUGCUGCUGCCUGGACUGCAGGCUCUGCUCGCAGAAGCACUGAAGCACCGCUGCAUGGAGAGAAAAAAGACGGCGUUUAAUGGCUGUGACUUCCUCACUGAAUGGCUAUACAAUAAAAACCCUCGUUGGACAGAGCGAACACCUACAAAAUUUCAUACAAUUCCUUUCGUCCAGAAUUGGCUUCUUGAACAUCCCAGGCCGCACAUCCCAGCUUCUCUACUUCUAACAGAUGAGCAAGCUGCAGUGUUGAUCCAGGCUUUCUGGAGGGGAUAUAAGGUGCGUGUGCGUCCAGAUGUCCAAGAGUUAAGGCAGUGGCAGAGAGAACUGCGGGAAGAAAAUUGUGACAUCAACAAAACAGUUCAGGACUUCUGGGCACGUCAGGAGAACAGAGUUUGGUCGGAGCUGGUUGAACUUGGUGACAGCGCUGACCAGCAUGUGGAGGCUGGUGUGUCCAUUGAGGUGGUUCCUCCUACACCUCAGAGCAGAGCCCUGAAGACACCAGCUCCUCAGAGCACCUCAGAGAGAAGAGAGCUGCUCACGCCAAGCCUCUCUUCCCAGCGCACCACCACUCUACAUCAUGUCAACAAAGUAAAUGCAGAAUGAAGAAUUCACUGCUGUGGCUCUAUUUCAGUGUUUCUCAAACCCCCAAAACUGCACAUUUUGUAUGUCUCCCUGAUUGGUUACACCAAUUUCAAGUCUUGUAGUCUCUGCUAAUGAGCUGAUGAGUUGAAUUAGGUGUGUUUGAUGGGGAGACAUACAAAAUGUGCAGUGCUGGGGGUCUAUAGGACAGGUUUGUGAAGCACUGCUCUUUUUGUUAUUAAAGGAAUAGUUCACCCAAAAAUUACAUUUGCUGAUCAUUUACAUGCCCUCAGGCCAUUCAAGAUAUAGAUAAGGUGUUUUUAUUCAUUGGAACAGAUUUAAAGAAAUUUAGCAUUACACGGACCCUGUGAAGUGAAAGGGUGAAGUAAUUAAAGUGAUUUAGAUAUAUAAUUUAGAUUAAUAAUUUAAUUCGAAAAGUAUAAAUACUCUUCUUAUAACUUACUCUGUUUUUUUGUUAAUUUAUUCUUUAAUAUUUGGUUACAUGUUAUUUUUAGGUGUCCUUGUUACAGUGUAAUUAUACAUUUAAGUACUGAGUAAUAUUAAUAACUACAUGUGCUUAUUAUAUGGUUAGGGGUAGGAUUAAGGUUUGGCUUAGAGUAUAAUAAUAAUUUAUUGUUAUUAUAAUAGUAAGUACAUAUAACAAGUACACUGUAAAAUAAACUGUUAACUUCACACAGAUAGAAAAAUGGAAUGCAAAGAGGUGUUCAUUUACACACAAAUGUAUGGUUAUUAUUAUAAAAACAUAGGUAAUUUGUGUGCACUACAAGAGUUAUUUUGGAUUCUCAUCUAUUUGAUUUAUCCUUCGGGAAAAAAAAAAAAAGGUAAUUUAUUUUGUAUGGCAUACAACAUAGAUUUAAUCACAAUAAAAUAAUUUCAGUAUGUAAUUAAUUUAUGUUAUGUUUUGCAAUUAAAUAAAAAAUAAAAUAAAAUAUGGAUAAGGGAUGCUCCACCCAAAACUAAAAAUUCUCUCAUU